AGUAAAUACGUAUCUAAUUAGAAUAGCCUUUGCGAGGCUAAACGUCGCACUGUGCUCACCCUGCAUUCGCUUGUUAAAACUAUACUGACAGAUCCAGGCAUCGCUGGUGCGGAUGCGCAGUUCACUUGUUGUGAGUUAUAGUAUUUAUCUGUUAUGGGUCUUUUUUUCUCUACAGAACUCAGCAAUUGAGAUGAAAGCCUGCUAAGACCCUUACUCAAAAAUAAGUUUACAAGCGAAAAAACAUUCGUCCUGAUAAAAAACCCAGGAUUAGAAACAUGAAGUGCUAGUGUUCAACUGUGGAGCUAUUCACGCAUGCUUUAUAUUCACAAGUGACGAGCAUCUCCAUGGAGAACAAGGCCAUGUACCUGAGCACGUACGAGGAGAGGGAGAACGGCUCCUUCUAUGAGGAAAGCUAUGAAGGCAUCAACAGCAGGAACCUGUCCAAACUCAACCUGUGUGAAGAAGUCAGCUCCACCAAGAAGAGAAGAAAACCAGACAACUGCUGUGGCCACUUGGAUUCCCUGUCAGCCAUCAAGUAUGCCAUUGUGUCCCUGUAUAUACUGGUGCUGCUGAGCAUUUUUGGUCUCUGCAUAGCAGUCUCCAGGUCGCAGGUGUCUUCCGAAAAACAAGAGGCGCUGACGGAGAACGUGACCCGACUGGGCGACAGGUACCGAGAGCUGCAGGAGUCCCUGCGGCAGCUGUCCGACCAGACUGACAUCCUGGAAAACAUCUGGAAGCUGGAGAGCCUCUUCCAGAACCACUCUCAGACGCUGCAGCAGCUGGGCCUGGAGAUACGCAGGCUGGAGCAGGACGUGCAGGGCCUGCGGGCGCAGUCGGAUCAGACGGCCGGCGUGGUGUCGGAGCUCGGGGACCACGUCGGCGGCCUGAGCCUCUCCAGCCACCAGAACGUGAGCAGCCUGAGCGCCGACCUGGCGCGGGCCACCUCUUCGCUGGUGGCCCAGGACGCCCUGCUUCGCGAGACCGCCGGCGCGGUGGACGGCCUGCGAGACAGGCUGGAGGAGAUCAGCUGGACCGUGGGCUCGGUGAACCGGACGUUCGCCGGCGACAUCAGCGUCCACCACCUGAAGAUCCAGGACCUGCAGGUGCAGAUCAGCAACGUGACGCAGGACGCCAGGACUAUGAGGGUGGCGCAGAUCCUCCUGGAGGAGCAGAUGAAGAAUGAGAUUGAGAUCCUGAGCACCAUCACGGAGGACCUGAGGCUGAAGGACUGGGAGCAUUCUGUGGCCCUCAAGAACCUCACCGUCAUAGAAGGCCCUCCAGGACCGAAGGGUGAAAAGGGAGAUGUGGGACCCCUGGGUGCCCCUGGAUUGCCGGGCCUGACUGGGAUGAGGGGGAUCGCAGGAGAGAAAGGGAUCCAAGGCCCCCGUGGACUGAAGGGCUCGGCAGGGCUGGAUGGGCUUCCUGGGGCUACAGGCAACCCCGGACCCAGGGGGCCAAAAGGUGAAAGAGGUGAUAAAGGUCAGAAAGGUGACAAAGGAGAUAGAGGGGACAAGGGCGAAAAGACAGACAUGCUGGUGAGGCUGGUGAAUGGCACAGGGCCACACGAGGGACGGGUGGAGGUGUUCCACGAGAAGCGGUGGGGCACUGUGUGUGAUGACGUGUGGGACAAGAAGGACGGUGAUGUUGUCUGCAGGAUGCUGGGCUACAAAGGAGCCAGAGAGGUUUAUAAAACAGGAAGGUUUGGCCAAGGUAAUGGGCUGAUAUGGAUGGAUGAUGUGGCAUGUGUGGGGACAGAGGACACUAUUCAUGAGUGCAAGUUCUCUGGCUGGGGAAAGACCAACUGUGGACACGUGGAGGACGCCGGAGUUACGUGCAACACCUAGCGUCCUGCUCUGAGCCUCUGUGAGCUCGCCUUAUCGACUGCAGAGCUGUGGCAAGCGGACGGCGAGGGACAGCGUUGGAGCGCGUAGCCGCUGCAGCUCCACAACAUGAAACGGAUUCAGCAGUGUCUCGCAAACACGGUUUGACCUUAAGACUCCAAACACGCCACUGGGCCAGCAGCAGCCCGUGUAAAGCAGGUGAUACUUUGGCUCAUAUUUCUGGAGCAGAUAAACUGUACUGCAACAAGGAACCAA